GCCCGUCUUUGCAGGAAAUAGAUGAUGAUUGUGUACAUGUACCUCUUUUGUGGAUUUUACAGAAGACUACGUAUACGGUACAAAUUGUGAGUGAGAUUCGAAGCCUGGCUCCAUAUAGGAAUAACUGUUAUUUUGGAGCUGGUAUUCAUGGGACGACAUGGAUUCACUAAAGAGCAAAGGCAACUCGUUGGGUUGGAGAGUCUCCAUUUUGCUUUUCUGCGUUGUUUCUGCAGUUAGAGGACAGAUUCGUUAUUCCAUUCCAGAGGAGAUGAGAAAAGGCUUGUUUGUUGGAGACGUUGCAAAGGACCUGGGCUUGGAUGUAAAAAGGUUGGUUUCUGGUCGGGCUCGACUCGUUAUAGAUGAUGAAAACAAAUACGUCGCGCUGAACCAGAACAAAGGGCAUAUUGUUGUCAAUGAAAGAAUUGACAGAGAAAAAUUAUGCGCCAAAAAAUCUCCGUGUAGCUUUAGUCUAGAAAUUGUCCUCGAAGACCCACUUGAAUUGUUUUCCAUUACCAUUGAAAUACAAGAUGUAAACGACCAUGCUCCUGCUUUUCCCAAAAAGGAAAUUAAUUUGGAGAUUAGCGAAUCGACGCCCACAGGGACUGCAUUCUUGCUUGACAGCGCAGCUGAUCCAGACGUAGGAAUAAACUCUCUCCAAAGUUACUCUUUAAAAGCAAACGACCAUUUUGUUCUCAAACAGCACACACGAGAAGAUGGGAGUAAAUACGCCGAAAUGAUGCUUCAGAGUGGUUUAGACCGCGAGAAACAAAGCGAGCACACGCUCAUAUUAACGGCUGUAGAUGGUGGGGAACCGCAGAGGUCUGGAACGGUAAAGAUACAUGUGUCUGUUUUGGAUGCAAACGACAACGCCCCCGUUUUUACGCAGUCCUUAUACAGAGUGUCUGUCUUAGAAAAUGUUUUGCCUGGCACAGUUAUUGCUAAAGUCAGUGCCGUAGAUGCAGACCAAGGUUACAAUGGUAACGUAACAUAUUCUUUCACCCACCUAGAGCAGGACUCCUCAUACCCUUUCAAAAUAAAUUCUGUCACAGGAGAAGUUAAACUAACCGGUGGCCUUGAUUACGAAGUUUCACCGAAUUACGAAAUAAACAUUCAAGCAAAAGAUCCCUGGGGUGUAGUGGGGGCCAGCAAAUUAAUUAUUGAAAUAGCAGACGUGAAUGAUAACAGUCCAGUCAUCACGAUGGCUUCAUAUUCGGGUAAGAUUUCAGAAGAUUCUAUUCCUGGCACAGUUGUGGCCUUAAUUAGUGUCCAAGACAAAGAUUCUGGUAAAAAUGGACAAGUCCGCUUAAAUAUAGAUGAAAAUCUCCCUUUCAAAGUAAAGUCAUCUCUCAGAAACUAUUACACACUGGUCACGGACCAAAGCCUUGACCGAGAAAAGCGUUCCAAGUACAAUAUCACUCUCACUGCCACGGAUGAGGGAUUGCCAGCCUUAUCAAGCAGAAAAAGUGUGAUUUUAGAGGUGACUGAUAUUAAUGACAACGCACCAGCUUUCAGCCAAAGUGUUUACAUUACUCAGGUUAUGGAAAACAAUUCUCCCGGUGUCUCCCUGAUGCAGAUCCACGCCACUGAUCCAGAUCAGGGUCAGAAUGCACGCAUAGCAUAUUUUCUUAUUGAUGGUGAGGUUAGUGGAAAUCCGGUCUCCACGUAUUUCUCCAUUAAUACAGAAAGUGGAGUCAUUCAGUCGUUGCGUUCACUGGACUAUGAACAGGUCAAAGAGUUUAAAAUACGAGUUAAAGCACAGGAUGCAGGCUCACCACCACUCAGCAGUAACACAACGGUUAUUGUGCACGUCCAGGAUCAGAACGACAACCCCCCUCAAGUCCUGUACCCAGUCCAGACUGGAGGCUCUGUGGUGGCUGAAAUGGUGCCUCGUUCAGCAGAUGUGGGCUAUCUGGUCACUAAAGUGGUGGCUGUUGAUGUGGACUCUGGACAGAAUGCCUGGCUCUCCUAUAAACUGCAGAAAGCCACAGACAGGGCGCUGUUUGAAGUGGGCUUACAGAAUGGAGAAAUCAGAACUAUCCGCCAGGUGACUGAUAAAGACACAGUGAAACAGAGACUGACUGUUAUAGUGGAGGACAACGGGCAGCCCUCUCGUUCAGCUACAGUCAUUGUUAACGUGGCGGUGGCGGACAGCUUCCCUGAAGUGCUGUCGGAGUUCACUGACUUUCCACACGACAAGGAGUACAAUGACAACCUGACUUUUUACUUAGUGCUGGCUCUGGCUGUAGUUUCCUUCCUCUUCAUCACCUGUUUAGUGGUUAUUAUAUCAGUGAAGAUCUACAGGUGGAGACAGUCUCGCAUCCUGUAUCACUCCAAUCUCCCUGUGAUUCCAUAUUAUCCACCACGUUACUCAGACACUUUAGGGACAGGGACUCUUCAGCACGUUUACAACUACGAGGUGUGUAGGACGACUGACUCCAGGAAGAGCGACAUCAAAUAUAUGCAGCCAGUGAGUGAAAGUUUGGUUAGCGUGGAAGGCACUGGAACUGAAACUCUGAAGAAAGAAGAGCAGUCAUCAGUCAUAUCUCACAUGUCAACUCUGCUUAUUAUUUUUAAUCAAACGGAGGCACAGAUUCGGUAUUCGAUCCCAGAGGAGAUGAAGAAAGGGUCCCUUGUUGGCAACGUCGCACAAGACCUUGGUUUGGAUUUACAAAGGCUUCGUUCUGGUCGGGCCCGUAUCGUGACAGGAGAAAACAUCCAGUACACUGAGCUGAAGACAGACAAAGGGACUUUAGUCGUGAAUGAGAGAAUCGACCGAGAGCAUCUUUGUGGAGACGUGACACCGUGUAGCUUUACCUUUGAGAUUUUACUGGAAAAACCAAUGGAAUUGCACCCUGUGACCAUAGAAGUACUGGAUGUAAACGACAACGCUCCCACUUUUCAAAACAGACACUUGGAAUUUGAAAUAAGUGAAUCAGCUGCUCUUGGUUCCCGUUUUGUCUUAGAGAGUGCGGACGAUGCGGAUGUCGGCGAAAAUGAUUUGCAGAGCUACAUUUUAACUCCGAAUGACAAUUUUGUUUUAAAACAGCAUGUUAAUCCGGACGGCAGUAAAUAUGCUGAGAUGGUGCUUCAGAAACACUUAGACAGAGAAGCACAGCCACGCCUGUCUCUAAAACUGUUGGCUGUGGACGGCGGAAAUCCACAAAGGUCGGGUACAGUAAAUAUAGGCAUCACUAUCUUAGAUAUCAAUGACAAUGCUCCUGUGUUUAACCAGUCAGUGUAUAAGGCCACUGUGAUUGAAAAUGCUCCAAAAGGCACUUACGUUGUUACCGUGAAUGCAAGAGACAUAGAUAGCGGUUCGAACGGUAAAAUUACAUAUUCCUUUUCCAAAUCAAAAGUAGGAAUAGCUGACGUGUUUGACAUAGAUGAGGCCACUGGACGAAUAUAUGUGGCGAAAGAAAUUGAUUAUGAAAAGGACAGAAAAAUUGAGUUCAUGGUUGAAGCUAAAGAUCAAGGAGGACUGACAAAUUCGAGUAAGGUUGAACUUGAUGUUGUCGAUGUAAAUGAUAACACACCUAUUAUCAACGUUAUGUCAUUUACAAGUCCUGUAUCAGAGGACUCGCCUGCUGGUACCACCAUUGGCAUAAUCAAUGUUAAAGAUCUUGAUUCCGGUGAAAAUGGACAAAUAAGGUGUUCGAUUGACGGCAGUGUUCCUUUUAAAAUUAAAUCCAAUGUGAGGAAUUAUUAUGCAUUGAUAACUGAUGCUGCAUUAGAUCGUGAAAAAGUAUCAGAGUGUAACAUCACUGUUAUCGCCUCAGACGCUGGUUCGCCCCCUCUCUCAGCUAAAAGAAUGUUUUAUUUAAAGAUCUCAGAUAUCAAUGACAAUGCUCCAGUAUUUUCACGAGGCCUGUACAGCGCGUUUAUUACAGAGAAUAACGCUCAAGGUGUCUCCGUAUUAAGUGUUCAUGCUAAAGACCCAGAUGAAAACCAGAAUGCACGUGUUUCCUAUAUUUUAGAAGAAUGUGAGAUUAGUGGAUUGUCAUUGUCUGAAUACAUGUCCAUUAAUGCAGAAAGCGGAGUAAUUCAUGCAGUUCGCUCAUUUGAUUAUGAGCAGAUCAAAGAGCUUAUAUUCACUGUCAAAGCUCAGGAUGGAGGCUCUCCUCCACUCAGUAGUAAUGUGACAGUGAAAAUACUGAUCCAGGACCAGAACGACAACCCCCCUCAGGUCCUGUACCCAGUCCAGACUGGAGGCUCUGUGGUGGCUGAAAUGGUGCCUCGUUCAGCAGAUGUGGGCUAUCUGGUCACUAAAGUGGUGGCUGUUGAUGUGGACUCUGGACAGAAUGCCUGGCUCUCCUAUAAACUGCAGAAAGCCACAGACAGGGCGCUGUUUGAAGUGGGCUUACAGAAUGGAGAAAUCAGAACUAUCCGCCAGGUGACUGAUAAAGACACAGUGAAACAGAGACUGACUGUUAUAGUGGAGGACAACGGGCAGCCCUCUCGUUCAGCUACAGUCAUUGUUAACGUGGCGGUGGCGGACAGCUUCCCUGAAGUGCUGUCGGAGUUCACUGACUUUCCACACGACAAGGAGUACAAUGACAACCUGACUUUUUACUUAGUGCUGGCUCUGGCUGUAGUUUCCUUCCUCUUCAUCACCUGUUUAGUGGUUAUUAUAUCAGUGAAGAUCUACAGGUGGAGACAGUCUCGCAUCCUGUAUCACUCCAAUCUCCCUGUGAUUCCAUAUUAUCCACCACGUUACUCAGACACUUUGGGGACAGGGACUCUCCAACACGUGUACAACUACGAGGUGUGUAGGACGACUGACUCCAGGAAGAGUGACUGUAAGUUUGGUGGAGCUGGUAGUCAGAACGUGUUGAUAAUGGACCCCAGUUCUACAGGGACGAUGCAGCAGAUACAGGGUGAGAAGAGCAUCCUGGAUGAACCAGACUCUCCUCUGGAGGGGAUUAAAAGGUUUACAGAACGACUCAGAGCCAAGGCGAGGUCGGACAUAACAAUGAAACGGCAAGUACUGUUGUUUAUCUCGGUUCUCUCCUUCAGCACAGUCCUUGGACAGGUCAGCUACUCCAUUCCUGAAGAAAUGCCGAUAGGUUCCUUCGUUGGUAACAUAGCUCAGGAUUUAGGUUUAGAUGUCACAAGACUGAAAUCCGGCAAGGCUCGUGUUUUUACUCGAGACAGCAUUGUGUACGUCGAGUUAAACAGAGAAAAAGGAAUUCUGCUGCUUAAAGAAAGGAUCGACCGAGAGGGGCUUUGUGGACAAAUGACGCCCUGCGCUUUGCAUUUUCAGAUUUUGUUGGAAAACCCCAUGGAAUUCUACAGUAUCACAGUUGAAAUCACAGAUAUAAAUGAUAACCCUCCGACCUUUCUUACAAACGAUGUUCAUUUUAAUAUAAGCGAAUCGGUGCUUAGUGGGACUACAUUCACUUUAGAUAGAGCGACCGAUCUCGACGUGGGCGAAAAUAGUUUAAAAACAUAUGUCCUCAAACCAACAGAUAUGUUUUCUCUUAGAAUAAAUAAUCAAGGAGAUGGUAGUGAAAAUGUCGAAAUGAUGUUAAAUGCUCCACUUGACAGGGAGAAAAAUGCAGAGUUGGCUUUGAUUUUGACAGCGGUAGAUGGAGGCGAACCGCAGAUGACGGGAACAAUGCAGAUCCACAUCACAGUUUUAGACGCUAAUGAUAAUGCUCCUGUUUUUACACAGUCGGUUUAUAAAGCGUCCAUUAAGGAAAAUUCACCAGUAGGAACAGUUGUAGUGACAGUUACUGCAACCGAUGCAGAUCACGGAUCUAAUAGCAGAAUAACUUAUUCAAUUUCAAACAUGCUAGAUCAUGCCAGGGGAAUGUUUGAAAUAAAUAAGGAAAGUGGUGAUGUCACUUUGAAAGGAAAAGCUGACUACGAGAAGGCCAGAAAUUUUCAGGUAAAUAUUCGUGCUAGUGAUGAUGGGGGAUUAACUGGUUCUUGUAAACUGAUAGUUGACGUAUUGGACAUGAAUGACAACCGCCCUGAUAUUCAUAUUAUGUCGAAAUCAAAUGUUAUAUCGGAAGACGCAAAACUUAACACUGUAGUGACAAUGAUAAACGUGGAAGAUGCGGACUACGCUGAAAAUGGAAAAGUGCAUUGCGCCAUUAAUGAUAAUAUUUUCAUGUUACAGUCAACAUCAGAUAAAUUCUAUAGUCUAAUGACAGACAGUGAAUUAGACAGAGAGAGAUCUUCAGAGUAUAACAUCACAGUGACCUGCUCUGAUGAGGGAGUGCCCUCCCUCUCCAGCAGCGUCACUCUCACCUUACAGAUCUCUGAUGUCAAUGACAACGCUCCUGUCUUUGAGAGGAGCUCAUAUGAGGCCUACAUUGUAGAAAACAACACUCCAGGUCUCUCCAUAUUCACAGUGAAAGCCAGAGACGCUGACUGGAACCAGAAUGCCCGUGUUUCUUACAUACUGGAGGACUCCUCUGUUAACGGAGUGCCAGUCUCCUCAUAUGUGUCCGUUAGUGCUGAUAGUGGAGUCAUCCAUGCAGUGCGCUCUUUUGACUACGAGCAGAUCAAAGAUUUCCACUUCCGCGUCAAAGCUCAGGAUGGAGGCUCUCCUCCACUCAGUAGUAAUGUGACUGAUGGAGGCUCUCCUCCUCUCAGUAGCAAUGUGACUGUGACAAUACUGAUCCAAGACCAGAACGACAACCCACCUCAGGUACUGUACCCAGUCCAGACUGGAGGCUCUGUGGUGGCUGAAAUGGUGCCUCGUUCAGCAGAUGUGGGCUAUCUGGUCACUAAAGUGGUGGCUGUUGAUGUGGACUCUGGACAGAAUGCCUGGCUCUCCUAUAAACUGCAGAAAGCCACAGACAGGGCGCUGUUUGAAGUGGGCUUACAGAAUGGAGAAAUCAGAACUAUCCGCCAGGUGACUGAUAAAGACACAGUGAAACAGAGACUGACUGUUAUAGUGGAGGACAACGGGCAGCCCUCUCGUUCAGCUACAGUCAUUGUUAACGUGGCGGUGGCGGACAGCUUCCCUGAAGUGCUGUCGGAGUUCACUGACUUUCCACACGACAAGGAGUACAAUGACAACCUGACUUUUUACUUAGUGCUGGCUCUGGCUGUAGUUUCCUUCCUCUUCAUCACCUGUUUAGUGGUUAUUAUAUCAGUGAAGAUCUACAGGUGGAGACAGUCUCGCAUCCUGUAUCACUCCAAUCUCCCUGUGAUUCCAUAUUAUCCACCACGUUACUCAGACACUUUGGGGACAGGGACUCUCCAACACGUGUACAACUACGAGGUGUGUAGGACGACUGACUCCAGGAAGAGUGACUGUAAGUGUGGUGAUCCAGACUCUCCUCUAGAGCAUGACAUGCAUUUGACGAUUGGAGAAUCAGCCGCACCGGGAGCACGUUUUGUUCUGCCAACAGCUAAUGAUCCUGAUGUAGGAGUCAACGGGCUUCAGGAUUAUCAUUUGUCUCCAAAUGAAAAUUUUGCAUUAAAAAAGCUUUCCAACACAGACGGAAGAAAAUUCGCGGAGAUAGUUCUUGAGAACCCGCUGGACAGAGAGCGACAUCCGAGUCUGUCCUUAAAGCUGAUAGCAGUGGACGGUGGAACGCCACAGAAAUCUGGCACAGUGAAUAUCGACAUCACUGUCCUAGAUGUUAACGACAAUUCUCCCGUUUUCAAUCAGUCAGUCUACAAGGCCACUGUAAUGGAAAAUGCUGCAAGAGGUACUUACAUCACCACUGUGAAUGCAACCGAUGCAGAUAGCGAACUGAAUGGUUUGAUUUACUAUUCUGUUUCCAAAAUGCAAGGCAGUAUCGACAGCAUUUUUUACAUGAACAAGACGACAGGUGUGGUGUUUCUUUCAGGGGGGGUUGACUAUGAAAAAACAAAAAAAUAUGAAAUACGUAUUGAAGCAACAGACCAAGGUGCUUUGACAGACUCCAGUAAAAUUGUAGUCGAUGUGAUUGACGUGAAUGAUAAUGCACCUGUCAUUAACGUGAUGUCCUUCACUAGUCCCGUGUCAGAAGACUCCCCUCCUGGCACAACAGUUGGCAUCAUUAAUGUAAAAGACCUGGAUUCAGAUGUCAAUGACGUAGGCGGAAAUCCGGUGUCUGACUAUGUUUCUGUCAAUGCAGAAAGUGGAGUUAUACAUGCAGUGCGUUCAUUUGAUUAUGAGCAAAUCAAGCAAUUGGUUUUCAUCGUCAAAGCUCAGGAUGGAGGCUCUCCUCCUCUCAGUAGUAAUGUGACAGUGAAAAUACUGAUCCAGGACCAGAAUGACAACCCCCCUCAGGUCCUGUACCCAGUCCAGACUGGAGGCUCUGUGGUGGCUGAAAUGGUGCCUCGUUCAGCAGAUGUGGGCUAUCUGGUCACUAAAGUGGUGGCUGUUGAUGUGGACUCUGGACAGAAUGCCUGGCUCUCCUAUAAACUGCAGAAAGCCACAGACAGGGCGCUGUUUGAAGUGGGCUUACAGAAUGGAGAAAUCAGAACUAUCCGCCAGGUGACUGAUAAAGACACAGUGAAACAGAGACUGACUGUUAUAGUGGAGGACAACGGGCAGCCCUCUCGUUCAGCUACAGUCAUUGUUAACGUGGCGGUGGCGGACAGCUUCCCUGAAGUGCUGUCGGAGUUCACUGACUUUCCACACGACAAGGAGUACAAUGACAACCUGACUUUUUACUUAGUGCUGGCUCUGGCUGUAGUUUCCUUCCUCUUCAUCACCUGUUUAGUGGUUAUUAUAUCAGUGAAGAUCUACAGGUGGAGACAGUCUCGCAUCCUGUAUCACUCCAAUCUCCCUGUGAUUCCAUAUUAUCCACCACGUUACUCAGACACUUUGGGGACAGGGACUCUCCAACACGUGUACAACUACGAGGUGUGUAGGACGACUGACUCCAGGAAGAGUGACUGUAAGUUUGGUGGAGCUGGUAGUCAGAACGUGUUGAUAAUGGACCCCAGUUCUACAGGGACGAUGCAGCAGAUACAGGGUGAGAAGAGCAUCCUGGAUGAACCAGACUCUCCUCUGGAGGACCAGAACGACAACCCCCCUCAGGUCCUGUACCCAGUCCAGACUGGAGGCUCUGUGGUGGCUGAAAUGGUGCCUCGUUCAGCAGAUGUGGGCUAUCUGGUCACUAAAGUGGUGGCUGUUGAUGUGGACUCUGGACAGAAUGCCUGGCUCUCCUAUAAACUGCAGAAAGCCACAGACAGGGCGCUGUUUGAAGUGGGCUUACAGAAUGGAGAAAUCAGAACUAUCCGCCAGGUGACUGAUAAAGACACAGUGAAACAGAGACUGACUGUUAUAGUGGAGGACAACGGGCAGCCCUCUCGUUCAGCUACAGUCAUUGUUAACGUGGCGGUGGCGGACAGCUUCCCUGAAGUGCUGUCGGAGUUCACUGACUUUCCACACGACAAGGAGUACAAUGACAACCUGACUUUUUACUUAGUGCUGGCUCUGGCUGUAGUUUCCUUCCUCUUCAUCACCUGUUUAGUGGUUAUUAUAUCAGUGAAGAUCUACAGGUGGAGACAGUCUCGCAUCCUGUAUCACUCCAAUCUCCCUGUGAUUCCAUAUUAUCCACCACGUUACUCAGACACUUUGGGGACAGGGACUCUCCAACACGUGUACAACUACGAGGUGUGUAGGACGACUGACUCCAGGAAGAGUGACUGUAAGUUUGGUGGAGCUGGUAGUCAGAACGUGUUGAUAAUGGACCCCAGUUCUACAGGGACGAUGCAGCGGAUACAGGGUGAGAAGAGCAUCCUGGAUGAACCUGACUCUCCUCUAGAGGAUGGUGGUCAGAUUCGGUAUUCUAUACCGGAGGAGAUGAAGAAAGGCUCUGUUAUCGGUAAUGUAGCGCAGGAUCUUGGUUUGGAUCUGAAAAGGCUCCGAUCUGGGCGGGCCCGUAUUGUGACCGGAGAAAACGUCCAAUACACCGAGCUGAAGACAGACAAAGGGAUUUUAGUCGUGAAUGAGAGAAUAGACCGGGAGCAGCUUUGUGGAGACGUGACACCCGCGAUUCGCUCCUUUGAUUAUGAACAAAUUAAACAAUUUGAGCUAAUUAUCAAAGCUCAGGAUGGAGGCUCUCCUCCUCUCAGUAGCAAUGUGACUGUGACAAUACUGAUCCAAGACCAGAACGACAACCCACCUCAGGUACUGUACCCAGUCCAGACUGGAGGCUCUGUGGUGGCUGAAAUGGUGCCUCGUUCAGCAGAUGUGGGCUAUCUGGUCACUAAAGUGGUGGCUGUUGAUGUGGACUCUGGACAGAAUGCCUGGCUCUCCUAUAAACUGCAGAAAGCCACAGACAGGGCGCUGUUUGAAGUGGGCUUACAGAAUGGAGAAAUCAGAACUAUCCGCCAGGUGACUGAUAAAGACACAGUGAAACAGAGACUGACUGUUAUAGUGGAGGACAACGGGCAGCCCUCUCGUUCAGCUACAGUCAUUGUUAACGUGGCGGUGGCGGACAGCUUCCCUGAAGUGCUGUCGGAGUUCACUGACUUUCCACACGACAAGGAGUACAAUGACAACCUGACUUUUUACUUAGUGCUGGCUCUGGCUGUAGUUUCCUUCCUCUUCAUCACCUGUUUAGUGGUUAUUAUAUCAGUGAAGAUCUACAGGUGGAGACAGUCUCGCAUCCUGUAUCACUCCAAUCUCCCUGUGAUUCCAUAUUAUCCACCACGUUACUCAGACACUUUGGGGACAGGGACUCUCCAACACGUGUACAACUACGAGGUGUGCAGGACGACUGACUCCAGGAAGAGUGACUGUAAGUUUGGUGGAGCUGGUAGUCAGAACGUGUUGAUAAUGGACCCCAGUUCUACAGGGACAAUGCAGCGGAUACAGGGUGAGAAGAGCAUCCUGGAUGAACCAGACUCUCCUCUAGAGAAUAAACAGCUUCAGCUAGUAGUCAAAGCUCAGGAUGGAGGCUCUCCUCCUCUCAGUAGUAAUGUGACAGUGAAAAUACUGAUCCAGGACCAGAACGACAACCCCCCUCAGGUCCUGUACCCAGUCCAGACUGGAGGCUCUGUGGUGGCUGAAAUGGUGCCUCGUUCAGCAGAUGUGGGCUAUCUGGUCACUAAAGUGGUGGCUGUUGAUGUGGACUCUGGACAGAAUGCCUGGCUCUCCUAUAAACUGCAGAAAGCCACAGACAGGGCGCUGUUUGAAGUGGGCUUACAGAAUGGAGAAAUCAGAACUAUCCGCCAGGUGACUGAUAAAGACACAGUGAAACAGAGACUGACUGUUAUAGUGGAGGACAACGGGCAGCCCUCUCGUUCAGCUACAGUCAUUGUUAACGUGGCGGUGGCGGACAGCUUCCCUGAAGUGCUGUCGGAGUUCACUGACUUUCCACACGACAAGGAGUACAAUGACAACCUGACUUUUUACUUAGUGCUGGCUCUGGCUGUAGUUUCCUUCCUCUUCAUCACCUGUUUAGUGGUUAUUAUAUCAGUGAAGAUCUACAGGUGGAGACAGUCUCGCAUCCUGUAUCACUCCAAUCUCCCUGUGAUUCCAUAUUAUCCACCACGUUACUCAGACACUUUGGGGACAGGGACUCUCCAACACGUGUACAACUACGAGGUGUGUAGGACGACUGACUCCAGGAAGAGUGACUGUAAGUUUGGUGGAGCUGGUAGUCAGAACGUGUUGAUAAUGGACCCCAGUUCUACAGGGACGAUGCAGCGGAUACAGGGUGAGAAGAGCAUCCUGGAUGAACCAGACUCUCCUCUAGAGAGCACAUUUUUGCGUUUUUCUUUUGCCAUGGCAUGUGGAAUACGAUCCUACACCCAGUGCGUAAAAUGGCGCUUUGGCUGUGGACAGAACUGGCAGCUUCUUUUGUUCCUUUUUUACGUCAAUCAUAUGGUCACUGGACACAUCCGAUAUUCAAUCCCGGAGGAGAUGAAGAAAGGGUCCGUGAUCGGUAAUGUAGCACAGGAUCUUGGUUUGGAACUGCAGAGGCUGCGUUCUGGCCGGGCUCGUAUCGUGACCGGAGACAGCACCCACUACACCGAGCUGAAAACAGACAAAGGGGUUUUAGUCGUGAACGAGAGAAUAGACCGGGAGCAGCUCUGUGGAGACAUAACACCGUGUAGUUUCAGCUUUGAGCUGAUUUUAGAAAACCCAAUGGAGCUACAUCAAAUUGCAGUUGAAAUAACAGACGUAAAUGAUCAUUCGCCAACGUUUAAAAGAAAUAACAUCAAUUUUGAGAUCAGCGAAAUCGCUAGUAUUGGCUCUCGUUUCCCUCUGACGAGUGCGGAAGAUCAGGACGUGGGUAUUAAUGGACUCAGAGAAUACAUUUUGACUGAGAAUGACAACUUUGCUCUAAAACAAAACGCGAAUGCAGACGGGAAAAAGUAUGCAGAGAUGGUGCUUCAGAAGCCACUAGACCGAGAGACAAAUCCCAAACUGUCUCUUAAACUAAUAGCAGUAGACGGUGGAUCUCCGCAGAGAUCUGGUACAGUAAAUAUAGAUAUCACUGUACUUGAUGCUAAUGAUAAUUCGCCUGUGUUUAAUCAGUCUGUGUACAAAGCUACAGUAAUGGAAAACUCGCCCAGAGACAGCUACGUCAUCACUGUUAAUGCUACUGAUGCAGAUUCCGGGACAAAUAGCAUUGUGACGUACUAUUUUUCAGACCUUAGUAGUGCUCUUAGUGAUUUGUUUACAGUUAAUGAAAACACUGGCAUUAUUUUAAUAACAGGUGUAAUUGAUUAUGAAAAAGACAAAAAAUAUGAGCUUAGAAUCGAAGCAAAAGAUCAGGGAGGAUUGACAGAUUCGAGUAAAGUGAUAAUUGACAUAAUUGAUGUGAAUGACAACGCCCCUACUAUUAGUGUUAUGUCAUUCACUAGUCCUGUGUCAGAAGACUCCCCUCCUGGUACAACAAUUGGCAUUAUAAAUGUUAAAGACCUCGAUUCUGGUGAAAACGGUCAAGUAAAUUGUAGAACAGAGCAAAAUGCACCUUUCAAGAUUAAGUCCAGUUUAAGAAAUUACUACACAUUGGUAACAGAUACUGUAUUAGAUCGUGAAAGUGUUUCGGAGUAUAGCAUUACUGUCAUAGCAAUAGAUUCAGGGACGCCUCCACUGUCGACAAAAAGGACCUUUAAUUUGAAAAUUUCUGACGUGAACGAUAAUGCUCCAGUGUUUUCAAAAAGUGUUCACAGUGCGUUUAUCAUAGAAAAUAACUCCCCUGGUGUUUCAGUUCUGAUGCUCACUGCAGAAGACCCUGAUGAAAACCAAAACGCCCGUAUAUCUUAUCUUCUGCAAGAUGCUAAUAUCGCUGGAGCUCCACUUUCUGACUAUGUUUCUAUUAAUGCAGAAAGCGGAGUUAUACAUGCACUACGCUCAUUUGAUUAUGAGCAGAUCAAAGAACUAUUAUUCACUGUCAAAGCUCAGGAUGGAGGCUCUCCUCCUCUCAGUAGUAAUGUGACAGUGAAAAUACUGAUCCAGGACCAGAACGACAACCCCCCUCAGGUCCUGUACCCAGUCCAGACUGGAGGCUCUGUGGUGGCUGAAAUGGUGCCUCGUUCAGCAGAUGUGGGCUAUCUGGUCACUAAAGUGGUGGCUGUUGAUGUGGACUCUGGACAGAAUGCCUGGCUCUCCUAUAAACUGCAGAAAGCCACAGACAGGGCGCUGUUUGAAGUGGGCUUACAGAAUGGAGAAAUCAGAACUAUCCGCCAGGUGACUGAUAAAGACACAGUGAAACAGAGACUGACUGUUAUAGUGGAGGACAACGGGCAGCCCUCUCGUUCAGCUACAGUCAUUGUUAACGUGGCGGUGGCGGACAGCUUCCCUGAAGUGCUGUCGGAGUUCACUGACUUUCCACACGACAAGGAGUACAAUGACAACCUGACUUUUUACUUAGUGCUGGCUCUGGCUGUAGUUUCCUUCCUCUUCAUCACCUGUUUAGUGGUUAUUAUAUCAGUGAAGAUCUACAGGUGGAGACAGUCUCGCAUCCUGUAUCACUCCAAUCUCCCUGUGAUUCCAUAUUAUCCACCACGUUACUCAGACACUUUGGGGACAGGGACUCUCCAACACGUGUACAACUACGAGGUGUGUAGGACGACUGACUCCAGGAAGAGUGACUGUAAGUUUGGUGGAGCUGGUAGUCAGAACGUGUUGAUAAUGGACCCCAGUUCUACAGGGACGAUGCAGCGGAUACAGGGUGAGAAGAGCAUCCUGGAUGAACCUGACUCUCCUCUAGAGGUGAGAUGA